AUGGAUAGUGGGAAUGGAUCAACUGUCGAUAUUCUGAAAAAUAUAGAUACAAACGAAUAUAACAAAACCGAUAACAGAGUAAAAGACAAUUGGAUCUCUAAAGUGGCGUUAGGAGGUUAUUACAACCCGAAAAAAUGUCGUUCAAGACAUAAAGUUGCUAUUUUGGUGCCUUACCGGAAUCGAGAAAAGAAUCUAGCGGUAUUCACGAAUCACAUGCAUCCGUUUCUUAUAAAACAGCAACUGGAAUACAGAAUAUUUAUUAUCGAACAAGCUGGUAAGGAGGUAUUCAACAGGGGGAAGCUGUUCAACAUCGCCUUCGUGGAGAUGAUGAAGUACAACGACUGGCAUUGCGUGGUGCUGCACGACGUGGACUUGUUGCCUCAGGGCGACAGGAUCCUGUACACGUGCCCGACAUUUCCUCGGCAUAUGUGCGGCACAGUUCUUGAGAAGGCUAAACUGUUUUAUCACACGUUGUUCGGUGGUGUGUCGGCUUUGUCUGUACAACAUUACAAGCAAAUAAACGGCUUCUCGAACCUGUAUUGGGGAUGGGGCGGUGAGGACAACGAUAUGUUUUGGAGGCUCCAGAUAUCACAGAUUCCAAUCGUCAGAUACAACAAGACCGUCGCUUUAUACAAAUCUUUACCACAUCGGGGACAGCCGAAAAAUAAAUACAGAUACAAACUAUUGGCGUUUACUAUGGCAAAGUAUAAGACGGACGGUCUCUCAAGCCUGGUUUAUAAAGUGAUUUGGACUAAACUUCGCCCUCUCUACACUCACAUACUCGCUGAUGUGAACCCUUUGAGAGAGAAAAUUACGGAUGUGUACAGCAACAUGUUUGGUUUUGUUCUGUGAUACUUGUCUAGUUUAUAAGUUUUUAGGUUAUUAAGUGUACUUAAAUAUACGAUAAUGCGUCUAAAGAUAGCAGUGGCAAAGGAUGAUUUUUUUAUAAGGUAACCCGACAAAACUUAUAGGUAGUAAUAUGCAUAAAUACGAUCCGCAAAUAAUUGAUAAUAAAUUACGAAAGGAAAGCAGGAAUCGGGUUGUAUUGAACCUUCGUCACUAAAAGAUAGUUUACAUUAUAGGCCUUCGAUAUUUAAGUACCUUUGCGUUACACAUUAGUAUGAAAGAGGAGGCGAUAAUUGUAACGUCUCUGUCGUUAUUAUAAAAUAUACAACUAACAAAACUGUGAACAAAAUUGAUCUGGAAAAUAUCUUGAUUAAAUUAUAACUCAAUUAUAAGUACUACUUAGGUAUAUAAUAGAAUAGAGAAUAGAAUAGAAUAAAUAAUUUCCCGGGAUGAAAAGUAGUCUAUAGCACACAGGAGUAAUGUAUCUCCAUAU